AUGAAGACAUCUACAAGUGUAUUUCUUUGGGGUCAAGCUAUUGCAAAAGGGCUUUCAUUGAGCGGGAGAUUUAACUACUUAAAUGCUCUCCCUGCUUUAGAGAUUUGGAAAGAUGAUUGCAGUAGACAGGCUCUUCUGUCGAUACUACCGCAAUGUUUAGAUGGAAUAGAAACAAUAACCUCCUCUCAGCAAAAAGAGGUGGCUUUGGAGUUGUCAAUAUGUGAGUUGGAAAAUGCCGGAAUUGAAUAUCCACUCGAUUGCAAUCACCAAAUUCGGCAUAGAAACAUUGACAAGUGCAUUCAAUUUUUGGAGAAGUCACCCCAGUUCUGGACUAGUUAUAGUGGUAAUUAUAGGAGUGUAAAAGAGGUAUGUCAUCAAGUCAGCUUGCCGUUGAAAAAGGAGCAAAUUGUUGAAAUUUACAACAACGUGACGAAUCUAUUUCAGUCUGUUUUGAAUGAUUUGUUGGAGUCCCAAGCCGACGAAAAAGAGGUUCAAACGCAGUUGAAGAAAAGGUUUGAAGCAAUGCUCAAUUUGAUUGACGAAAUAAUGGAAGAGAGGAAAGAGGCUGCAAAUUCCGUGAAUCAAACGUUCAAUGUCUUUUACGAGAAUUUUGAAUUGUCAUUGAACAAUGCGCUCAUUAUCAUAAGAGAAUCGUACCAUGGUGUAAACACUAAUUUAAAUGAAAUUGAGCGUCAUAUCAAGUAUUUCACAAAAGAAUUGCACAAUAUAAAUGAGUUGAUUCGAGAGAAUCAAAUACAGUUGAAACAACAGCAGGACGACUUGCAAAAGGGUAAUAACAUUCUUUUAAACCAGCAAAAUCUUGCGCUUGAAAGGAUGAAGGGAAUUAACGAAUACGCUAUGGAGUUGCGGGAGUCUACAAGAGGCCAGUUUGAAUCCAUGGAGAGAGAGUUGCAAUUUUCUGCUUUCAAGAUUCAGUCAAUCAAUGCAUUAAUAAACCACAAUGUUGACGAUUUGCAGGUACAAAGACGGGCUAUAAAUCAACAGACUGAAACAAUACUAAACCAAAUUUCAGAAGCGUUUGUUCUGUACUUGAACGCAUCGGGACAAAAAGUAGUAGUCUCAUUUGAGUCAUCAUUGAAUGACUCAUUGGUUGCUAUAGAAAAGAGACUAGAGCAAUCUGUGGUAUCUAUUGAACUAUUCGAAAGUCGAGUGGGAAACUUUAUAAGUAAAGCCAAUAAUGCCACGGAAUACAUUAUGAAUGUGAUCCCGAAUUUUGCUUAUGGGGUGAUGAGCUACGCAUCGGAUAAGUACCUUUCAAUGAAGAUGGUGUUUUCUCGAGCUUACGCGAUUAUGAUGUUCUUGGUGGUUGUUGUUGUCUUUUUGGUCACAAAACCUAUGAUUCAUUUCAUAUGGAAAUUGUUGGGGAAAUCAUUCACCGUGCUCUUUCCCUUGAUAUUAGGAGUGGUUGCAGCGAUCUUUACUGUGGAGCUUAUACGGGUAUUGAGCAAUGUUUGA